CAUUAGAAUUUAUUGUUUACCAUUCGCCAUAUGGCAUUCUCUCUGGCGCUUUUGCCUAAAUAAAAUAAUUUCAAACCUAUUGCUAAAAUGCCGAAGGUGCGGGCUGAAAAGAAAUCGCGCGUGCACACGGAAGUGGCUAAACAAGGCAUUGUAUUCAACAAGGACUUUGGCCAGCACAUUCUGAAAAAUCCGCUGAUCGUUACAUCGAUGCUGGAGAAAGCCGCUUUACGCCCAACAGAUGUGGUACUGGAAAUUGGCCCUGGUACCGGUAAUAUGACUGUAAAAAUUUUGGAGAAGGUCAAAAAAGUGGUGGCUUGCGAAAUCGAUCCCCGGUUGGUGGCAGAAUUGCAAAAACGAGUCCAAGGAACACCCUUACAGUCCAAGCUGCAAAUUCUUAUAGGUGAUGUGCUCAAAUCGGAACUGCCGUUUUUUGAUGCUUGUGUUGCCAAUAUGCCCUACCAGAUCAGUUCUCCCUUCGUCUUCAAACUGCUACUACACCGUCCAUUUUUCCGAUGCGCAGUGCUUAUGUUCCAGCUUGAGUUUGCUCAACGUUUGGUUGCUAAACCGGGCGAUAAGCUCUACUGUCGAUUGAGUGUAAAUACGCAGCUAUUGGCUCGAGUAGAUAUGCUGAUGAAGGUGGGAAAGAACAACUUUCGACCUCCACCAAAAGUUGAGUCCAGCGUGGUACGCAUUGAACCAAGGAAUCCUCCCCCGCCGAUCAACUACACAGAGUGGGAUGGACUCACGCGGAUAGCUUUUCUACGAAAAAACAAAACGCUCGCUGCAGCCUUUAAACAGACUACUGUUCUGACGGCUCUGGAGCAAAACUAUAAAAUACAUUGUUCGCUGAAAAACAUUGAUCUGCCGCAAGGUUUCCUCAUCAAGCAGAAAGUAGAGGAAAUUCUUGAAAAGGUAAGCGCUGGGAGCAAACGAGCGAGAACAAUGGAUAUAGAUGAUUUUAUGACAGUUUUACAUGCCUUUAAUGAGGAGGGAAUUCAUUUCAGUUGAACACGUAUUGUGAUAUCCCCAAAUCAUUUAAUGAUGUUACAGCAGAAUAUUAAUAAAAGAAUCAUUUAUAUUUUA